CUGAUACCAGCAGAUAUGGAGACGCUACUUUCUAGUCGGACCGAGUGCUAUCAGUUGAAGACGGACAGCCUCGGUCAUGGCAUCGACGCGAAAAAUAUGCGCAGGCGAAGCAAGUUUACAGAAUUCGAAUGCAUGGAGCUAGUCGCCCAAAUCUGCCGUUUAGGAUCCGAACUGAGCGGCCGCUCUCUCCUUAACCUCAACGACGACGAGGACGGUGCUGGCGAUGACGUCCGCGUGGCCACCUCGGCGGCGGGCGUGGACGUGGUGGUGGCCGACACCGCGCCGUCGUCCACCCUGGGGAGGCACUUGUCCAAGAGCGCGUCCGAGCUCAGCGGCGGCUGCGGGGGCUGCGGCGGAUGCGGGGGCUGCCUCCGGGGCGGCGGGUCCCGCGGUGCCGUCCGGCCCCCGCCGCCCCCGGCCGCGGGACCCUCCAGGGACUCGGUGUGCACCACGCCACCCCGGUCGCCGCAGCGCUCUCCCCGCGGCUCCCCGCGGCUCCUCCGCCCCUUCCGCGCCCACCUGACACCGCCGGGGUCGCGCCGAGCAGCUGCCGCCGCCGACGUCCGCCACCCGUCGCCCAGCAGGCUGCCGCCCCCGCUGGUCGCCAUGGCCGCCGCCCCCGCCGCCGCUCCUGCCGCGCAGGCGUCCAUCUCCGCGCACCUUAACGUCGUGCAGAAGACGCACUCCUUUUUCAACAACCUCAAGAACCGCUGGAACCGCAGCCGAUCUCGGGAGCGGCGGCGCGCCCGCGGCGAGGCCGACCACCGCGACAACGGCCUCGGGGGCGCGGCCGGCGGCGGCGACGACUCGUACUCGACGGACUACGCGGCCGACAACUCGUCCGAGUACUCGUCGUCGGCCACCCAGUCGCCGCGCCACCGCCACCACCUGACGGCCAACGACGCGGGCCUGAGCGCGGCCAGCGUGGCCGCCCUGGAGGACUCGCCGGACCGUCUGCGGCGGCAGGCGUCCAGCGCCAGCGCCGGGCCGGCCGUCAGAGCGCCGUCGCCCGCGGCCCAGGCGGCCUCCACCUCCUCAGCGGCCACGGCCUCGACGUCGACGGCGACGGCGUCCUACCUGCUGCAGUCGCAGCCGGGCACGUCCUCGGAUGGCCCGGUUCUCCUCGUGAGCGGCCAGCCGGGCGAGUGUGAGGUGGCCCAGAGGCGGCGGGCGGCGCUCCUCCAGCACGCCUUCUACCAGCUGCGGGUGCACCUCAAGCGGGGCACCGACCUGGUGGCGCGGGACAAGAGCGGGACGAGUGAUCCGUACGUCAAGUUCAAGGUCGGCGGCCGCCUCAUGCACAAGUCGAAGACCAUCGCUCGCGACCUCAACCCCGUCUGGGACGAGAGCUUCACGCUGGCCAUCGAGGACCCCUUCCAGCCCGUCCAGCUCAAGGUGUUCGACUACGACUGGGGCCUGCAGGACGACUUCAUGGGCUCCGCGGUGCUGGAUCUGACUCGAUUGGACCUGGGUCGGCACACGGAGCUCUGCCUGCCGCUCAAGGACCCCGGCAAGCCAGACAGCCAGGAGUACAUGGGCGAGAUCGUGCUCGCCGUGUCGCUGUGGCCGCGGACGCAGGAGGACCGCGAGCAGACGAGACGAGACGAGAGAGGGGGAGAGGAGACGGGGCCACAAGGAGAUGACAUGGUAAUGACGGCGUCGCUAUUCAGGUGCACGAUCGACCUGUCUCUGCUGGAGCGCGAGUCCACCCACCGCAUCCGACAGCCCUUCGACAACGGCGCCGGCUCCGUGUUCCUGCUGCUGACCAUCAGCGGCACCACCGCCUCGGAGACCAUCUCGGACCUGACGACGUACGAGGAGAACCCGCGCGAGCGCGUGCACGUCGAGCAGCGAUAUGGCAUUCUCCAGUCGUUCAACAAUCUCCGUGACGUCGGCCACCUCACCGUCAAGGUUUUCCGCGCCCAGGGCCUGGCGGCCGCGGACCUCGGUGGCAAGUCCGACCCUUUUUGUGUGCUCGAGCUCGUCAACGCCCGCCUGCAGACGCAGACCGAGUACAAGACUCUGGCGCCGCAGUGGAACAAGAUUUUCACAUUCAAUGUGAAAGACAUAAAUUCGGUGCUAGAGAUUACGGUGUACGAUGAGGAUAGAGACCACAAGGUGGAAUUCCUCGGUAAGCUUGCCGUUCCUCUGAUCCGAGUCCGUUCCGGAGAGAAACGGUGGUACUGCCUCAAGGAUAAAAAUUUGACGAGUCGAGCGAAAGGAAACAACCCUCAAAUACUGCUGGAAAUGACGGUCAUCUGGAACCAGAUUCGCGCGAGUAUUCGAACCAUUAACCCUAAAGAGAAAAAGUACAUGCAAUCAGAAACGAAAUUCAAACGCCAAGUGUUUUUGCGUAACGUUAUGCGGCUAAAAACUUUAAUUAUGUGCGUGAUAGAUUUUGGGAAAUAUUUACAGAGCUGCUUUGAAUGGGAGUCUACGCCGAGGAGCAUUAUUUCUCUGGUCAUUUUCAUACCGGGAUGUUACUACUUUGAACCAUAUAUGGUGCCAGUUGGGUUACUUUGCGUGUUUUUGAAAUACUACAUCGUCCUGUCUUUAACUGGGGGGUGGGUUUCACACGAUGGUGAUGACGAUCUGUCAGGAGACGAAGAUUCCGACGAUGAUGACAAAGAAAAGGAUGGGAAAAUGAGUUUAAAGGAGCGCUUACAUGCUAUUCAGGAAGUUACGCAAACCGUGCAAAAUUCAAUUGGUCAUAUAGCAUCGCUAGGGGAAAGCAUAAAAAACACCUUUAAUUUUACAGUGCCGUUUUUGUCUUACAUCGCCAUCAUAAUGUUAUUUUUGGCUGGUUUUGUGUUGUACUGGAUACCCGCGAGAUACUUAAUCAUGGGAUGGGGUAUCAAUAAGUUUGCACGCAAGAUUGUCAGACCUCACACUGUGCCAAAUAAUGAAGUGUUGGAUCUACUCUCCCGCGUUCCCGAUGACAUGGACUUAAUUUUGUACAGAGAAUUAAAGCCGCACAACUUAUCCGAGAGCGAAAGACGGCGUGACCAGCGGAAGAAGCACAAAGUAAAUUAAUUAUUAUUCGGGGCUUUAAGCUAUGCUGAACAGCACAAAGUGUUGUAUGACUGAUCAUUUUAUUAUUAUUAUUUUUUGUAAUUAGGGUGUAUUUUGGCAAUCCACAUACACUCUUAAAUAUAGUUCUAGUUUACCCUUGUUAUUGUGUACAUCGUUUUCAUUGUCAUUGUCAUAUUUAAUGGCGUAGUUGCUCGGAGCUGCCGCUAGAACGUUUCAGGUAAUUUUCUACUUCGAGUAUAUUUUGAUUCCAUUUUUCUUAGUCCUUCAAAUCGAACUUUUAACGGGAAAACCGUUUUCAUCAUAACGAAAAAAAUGACUAAACCUUGUUAAAUUAUUGUUACUUGUUGUUGUUAUUAUUCCUGUAUUUUCUGUAAUUUAGGGAUAAUGUGUCUGGCUGCUAUGCGACCAGACACAAUGGAAUUUCUCCGAUUAUAUUGCAGUUAUCUCGCCAGAAUCAUCGUUAUACAGUAUUUGCAUAUCUGUCAAAAGUGAAUCACAAAAAAGAGCAUUUGUUAAACGCGCGUACACGCACGGAUUUAUUCAGUAUAGAAACGCUGUUUCUAGAAAAUAAUAACAUAUUUAUCUAAUUACAUUCCCUGUCAUUCUUGUACGGUUUUCAAUCUUGCUUUUCAAUUAAUAUUAAACUAAUUAAGGUUUUCUACUCUUCUUUAGUCCCAGAGAGUUGCAGCGUACUGAAAAUCUUUGGUUUUCUCAUUAUGUGUUUUGACUUAAUGUCGCGCACAUUUUGUCCUUUGCGUAUAGAUCUGUUCUAGCCUUUUAUUUUAAGUAUCUUUUGGCAGUUAUGACGUUGUCUUCCUUCCAAUGCAGAUUCUACUGCACAUGGUGGCUCAGCGGUGUGGUUUCUUCGCUGUCUGCGGCAAGACGCAUGUGUUCGGGUUGCCUAAAUUCUUUUCCGUAGUGUUUUGCGGAAUCGCGGGAGUAGGCAACUGGCUUACGUGCUUGCGUGUCGGGUAGGUCAAAACAACAAACUGAGUCCGUCCCAUUGAGCAAUGAAAAGUCACACAGAUAUCAGAACGAUAUCAGAUAUCAGAAACGUGUCAAUUUCAGGGCCACAUUUUUAUCCACCUGAUGCGAAAACCGACAAAUUUAUGAUUUUUGACCUCGUUUUGAUAUCGGUCUGACAUUUCAUUGCUCACUUGGGUAUGCCACCCUGUUCAAUGAAGUGUUAAAUUGACAUAGAUUAUGUCAGAGAUUCUUUCACUCUGCAAAUCAGCCUAAACUGUUGCUUUCUCUGAGCCUUUCAAUUUUUAGCCAAGGUCUCAGUAAAUAUUCCAGAGUGUUGUUCAGAUAUCAUUACGCUUAAUUAAGCAAAUCAAUUCAUAUCGGCACUCAAAUUGCCUGUAUCAAUAGUUUUAUUUUGUGAUUUGUUUUCUUAAUUGCUGAUUUAAUGUCUAUACCAAGAAUGUGAUAUAGUUGAAACUGAAGUUUUUAAUGUCCGAGUGACAAUGUUCCUGCUUUAAAUUUUAUUGUGAUAAAGGCUGUGCUCUAAAAUUAAA